GUAGGAAGAGGCAAUAUAAUCGAUAAAUGUAACAGAUGUUUUAUAAAAUAUGUUUGUUGCACAUAUAUUAGUGAUAGAAAAUAUUAAAUAUUAUUUCAAUCAAAAGGAAAAGAAAAAUGUAGUUUCACGCCUUUCAUACGAAUUUAUAGUAUUGUAUUUAUUAUAGAAACGUUUCAUAAUAAACACGUUACUAUUCUCUUCUUCUUCUUCUUCUUCUUCGUCUUAUCCGAGUUGACUUCUAACCGUCUUUGUUCUAUCUUAAAACCAAUAUACUAUGCUAUACAUUAUACAUCAUGCGCUGUAUUUUUAUGUAUUUUUAAGUCUAUUUUAAACAUUUUUUAGCCUAUUUUCAAUAUUGAUUCAGUGAAUGAGCGCGCUCCCAGCUGCUACAAAAUAUUUAGAGAUGUCUACCGUAAAAGAUUCAGCAAUAAGAACGAUUGUUUUGUACUUAUGCUAUUUUGCAACGGGUAUUCACGUGAUUAUUCUACCAUGUAGUCUGGUUGAAAUUGGUAAAUAUACUUCAUCGACAAUCUCUGAAGUAACUCUAUUGGUUACUCUAAGGGCUGUUGGAGACAUCUUAGGUGGUUUCAUAGCUGUACCUCUACUUGAAUAUGUUAAUCCGUAUUUUUAUAUGACAAUAACCGGACUAGUCGCAGCUAUCUUCCAGUCAAUCGGAAUUUGGUUUAAAGAUAUUACGAUAAUGGGAUUAUUUAUGGGCAUUGGUUCACUUGGUCAUUCCACUUUAAUUAUUGGUUCAAAUGCUGAAGUGUUACGAGAAUGGGACACAAAAUCAGCCGGAUGGAUACAAGGUUUGCACGGAUCGUUUGCUGUAGGUGCUCUCGUUGCACCUUUAAUGAUUCAACCUUUCCUUACAACAUCAAAACUUGCCAAACAUGUUGUCAUUCAAAAAGCAUUUUUGAUUGACGGUGCAAUUCUACUAUGUGUUUGUGUAUUUUUAUUUACUGUAUGGCUAUACUACUACAGGACUAUUAAAUAUGUUAGUGCUCACCAAAGCUCUUUAAAAGAAAUGUUCUUUAAUGUAAUAAAAGCAAUUGGAUUUAAUAGGAAAUUCUCUUUCAUGGUCGUUGUAAUUCUCUAUUUCAUAUUGGAAGUCGGAAUGGAAGCAACGUCUAUUAGUCUACUAAGUCACUACUGUGUUCACUAUCUGGCCUGGAGCGAGCACAAGGCUGCUCUACUAGUCUUUGUUUUGACAUUAUUCUAUUCAGUUGCCAGAUUUUUCAAUGCAGGAAUAACAAGAUGCUUGAAGACAACUAUUCUCCUGGUCGGCAGUUUCCUUAUUUCAAUUUUUUCCAUGUUUCUAUUAUCGUUUAGCUAUAAGCAUGAAUCUAUCGUUUGGAUAUCUGUAGCAUUGAUGGGUGUUGGAAGGGCAGCGUUAUAUCCUGGUUGCGUUGUCUUUGUCGAUCAUUUUCUGCCUGUUAGACAGUCUUUAGGCAUCGUCUUUCACCUAAGUGCAAGUAUAGGAAGUUUAAUAUUACCUCAAAUCGCAGCUCGUAUUGUCCAAUCAUACGGCUAUCAGUGGUAUGGAGUUGCCCUAUUGGUUAUAACUUCUCUCAUGUUUAUUUCAUUCAAUAUACUUAUUCUGAUAAGUAAAAAUAUGAAACCUCAAAAUUAUGUCUCCGACGAUCUUAACGAAAAAAUCAUUAUGUCCGAAGAAAAGAGUUCAAAGAAUGAAACAGACGAAGCGAGUAUCCAUUCAAGUAUUAACGACACUAAUAUCCCUUCAUACUCCAAAUAGCGAGUAAUGAUAAACGUGAAGAAAUUAAAGACAUAUGAACGAAAAGAAGGUUAAAAGUCAUCGUUAGUCGCAAGACCUUCUAUUAUUCAAUUCUUCAUAUAGUACCGUCGGUAAGUCACUGUUACACCUCAAAAAAAUAAUAUUUUCUUGAUUUUUUCUCUUUCCGUACUUAAAGAAUGAAAAUGAAGGAUAUUAUUAUAUUUAAUAAUAGUAUUUUAUGUGCAUACCCUUAGCUUCUACAACUGCCCUAAGCCUUCUUUCCAUUGUCUCAUAUAAGAAUUGAAUUUCCAGUUCUGAAAUUUUAAAAAAUUUCUCUCUGAACAUCUCCCACAGCUCAUCCUUGUUUCUUGGCUUAUGUGCCAUUAAAUGUUUUUUGCAUAUGCCCCAUAUUUGCUCAAUAAUGUUCAGGUCUGGGCUGUUUGCUGGCCAUGGAUCAAGUGUUUCCACUUCCUUUCUUUUGAGGUACACUUUUGUUAUGGAUGCUGUAUGACAGCUAGCCCCAUCCUGCUGGAAAAUUUCCCCUCUCUUAUAAUUUGAAACAAGACGACUGCUUAAAAUUUUGAUAUAGUCUGAAGCUGUCAAGCAAUUAGACACUAAAGUUAGGUCCCUAUCUUUGUCAACUGUUAGAUUAC